AUGCUACCGACCCCUUAUGUAAAAUGCGAUUACGAUAAAGUAUAUGAGCCUGCUGAGGAUAGCUUCCUCAUACUGGACUGUUUGGAAAAAGAGCAUGAUUUUUUGAAACAGAAAUUUGGUAAUCGUUUGGCCAUCGUUUGCGAAAUUGGUUCGGGAUCAGGUAUCGUCACAACAUUUCUAAUGCAAAACAAAAUAAUACCGCAGGAAAAUUCCAUCCACUUAGCUGUUGAUAUCAACCCAUGGGCGCUCGAAGCAACUUUGGAUACUGCGAAGUUAAAUUCAUGUAAAAGUUCUUUUUUAGAAGUGAUUCAAGCUGAUUUAAACUCCAGUAUUCGGAAUAAUCAGGUUGAUGUCCUAAUAUUUAACCCACCAUAUGUGCCAGCAGAAUGUGUGCCAGAUGUCCCAGGAUCAAGAGAGGAGGCAGACCAAUGGCUAGAUUUAGCGUUAUUGGGUGGAAAAGACGGGAUGGCGAUUACUGAUAAACUGCUACGACAAUUAGAACAAAUUCUUUCUCCAGAUGGUGUUGCAUAUAUAUUAUUUUGUGCAAGAAAUAAGCCUAAAGAAGUCAUUAAGAGGUUUGUCGAUACUUACAAAUGGAAUGUGAAACUUAUUGAAACGAGAAAAGCGGGAUGGGAAGUCCUCAGUGUGUACAGCUUUACAAGGUGA